GGCAACAACAAUCUUGUUCGGGUUAUUUAAACGGUUAAUUAAAAGUUUUAAACGCCGAGCGGCUUCAGGGAGAGUACAACAAAGAGAGGUGGUAAAGUCUAGGAUGUCUCUUACGUGUGAGGAGCCCGCGUUAACGGGGAGUUACGAUGUCGUGGGAUCGUUUCCCAAAAGUUUUGGUUAUGGGGUGGAGGAGGCAGACAUGGAGGAGAGCUCCACACCGGCUGACAAACCGAGGAUACUGCUGAUGGGGCUGAGACGGAGUGGAAAGUCAUCCAUCCAGAAGGUUGUUUUCCACAAAAUGUCCCCCAAUGAGACUUUGUUCCUUGAGAGCACCAACAAAAUCUACAAGGAUGACAUCUCCAGCAGCUCCUUUGUCAACUUCCAGAUCUGGGACUUUCCCGGACAGGUUGACUUUUUCGACCCCACUUUUGACAGUGAGAUGAUUUUCAAGGGAACUGGUGCUUUGAUCUUUGUCAUUGACGCUCAGGACGACUACGUGGAAGCUCUUGGGCGGCUGCAUCUCACUGUAUCCAGAGCCUACAAAGUGAAUCCAGACAUCAACUUUGAGGUGUUCAUCCAUAAAGUAGACGGUCUGUCGGACGACCACAAAAUAGAAACACAAAGAGACAUUCAUCAAAGGGCCAACGAUGAUCUGGCAGAUGCCAGCCUGGAGAAAGUUCACCUCAGCUUCUACUUGACCAGUAUCUACGACCACUCCAUAUUCGAAGCCUUUAGUAAAGUCGUCCAGAAGCUCAUCCCUCAGUUACCAACGUUGGAGAACCUGUUGAACAUUUUCAUAUCUCACUCUGGGAUUGAGAAAGCCUUCCUGUUCGAUGUUGUUAGCAAGAUUUACAUCGCCACAGACAGCUCCCCUGUCGACAUGCAGUCCUACGAACUCUGCUGUGACAUGAUAGAUGUUGUCAUUGACGUCUCCUGCAUUUACGGACUAAUGGAGGAUGGCAGCGGCUGUGCCUAUGACAAGGAGUCUUUGGCUAUCAUCAAGCUCAACAACACUACAGUGCUUUAUUUGAAAGAGGUCACAAAGUUCCUCGCUCUCGUCUGCAUCCUCAGAGAGGAGAGCUUCGAGAGGAAAGGUUUGAUAGAGUACAAUUUUCAUUGUUUCCGAAAAGCCAUCCAUGAAGUGUUCGAAGUCGGCACCUCCGUCUGGACGCCAGCGAGUUCAUCCAGCAACAACCUGAGUGGAUUAAAAUACACUGCACUGAAUGGAAAUGCUGUUUAAAGGGAGAAGAAGAGACGAGUGACGAGUAUAAUUCUUUGGUUUACCUGAAAUGCAGCGAGGACGCACAAUGUGGAGAAAUAAUAUGAAAGCGCACACGAUACUUGUCCAGAUGUUGCCUUACUGUGUGCAACUGAAUGUGAAUCGAUUAGAAAAGCAGCUUGUGAACUGAACUUCCUGCAAAUGACUUAGCCACUGACUUUCAGAGAGCUGAAACAAGCCAUUGGACUAAAUCUAGUCUACCUGGUUCUCUGGUUUGAGAAGAGAGGAUGAUGUCUGUUGUUCAGAUAUAUAUUUGUCCAACAUUACAGGUCACAUAUAUAAAAAAUCACACAUACUAUAGUUUGGUUCCUGCUUCCUGAACAUUUAUUGGAAUGAAAAUGUUGUGUUUACCUUCAUGGCCAGUUAAUCCCAUUUACUCUUCAACAUAAAGGCACUUGUGAAAGAGACUUGUGGUACAGUUUAAACCUGCAGUACGAAACUUUUGUCUCCGCAGUGAGAGUAAUUACAGCCUGUGUUUGUCCUUGUCGUCAAUCACUGCGAUCCCUCCACUGAAUCCUGAAUUUCUGGCCACAUCAGAAAUGUUUCUUGGAUGCUUCCCAGGUUUCUACACCACAGGCUCCGCCAUACUCCUAAGCCCCCUUUACACAGCCUGUUCAGAGCUGGAAUAUGAUGCCAUUAUACCGCCUCGCCAUCCCUUAUAAAAAGUACGGAGGCAGAUUGGGGCAGACGUUUGGGGGUGUUGUCCCACCUCUAAGCCAGCAGGGGGAGUAGUCACAGAGCCUACAGAUGGCGACCCACGUUGAGGCUGCUGUGAUACAUCUCACGCCUUUGAAUCUGCGAUCCAGGUUCUGUGUGUCAGUCAAUUAAAGGCAACAUAAUCAAGGAUCUUCUUAACACCAACAUAGCACAAUGUCUUUGUAAAAAUAGCACGGUGCAGGGAUGGUGUAUUUUUGUGAGCCAACCCCAGAAGUUAGCAUCACCCUUACUCCCUUGACAAAAAGCCAAUGGGAUUUUUUAUUGGUUCCAUUAGCUCUUCUACAAAAGCCUUUCUUCUUAAAAAGUUAGUUAUAGUUUUCAAGACUGUGAGUACAAACACAACAAGGCUGUAAAGUUGGACUGGUGGGUAGAUUGGUUUUUGUAUGUGGUUUUAUGAUGUUGACAACCUCUAGUCUCAUUUAGCCAUUUGUUUAGCAACUGCCUUUUUUAAGACAAAGCUUAAAAAAUCACAAGUGAGGUAUUUUGUGACAUAUUUUAUGUUGAUAGCUAGAUAAAAUAAAACUUGAAAAUGUCUUGAGCUUGUGUUAAACCCACAGUCUUUAUUUCAGACAUUUAACCAAAAACCCAUUGACUUUGGGACGAGGUAACCGGCUGUGCUAAAAGGCUAAUUUACUUCCGGGUUUUUUUCUGUCGCUAUGGUUACUCCCCUGUUCAGCUAUGGUGAACCAAUCACUGCUCGUUGACGCAAAUCGUGUCACAACUGGUGCGCAAGGGCGGGAAUGUUGCCAUAGACACCAGAUUUAAAACUCUUGAUAUACUGCGAAAUCCGGAGAGAUUUGUCUGGCACUGAUAGGCUUAAUCGGCAUUGUGUGAAUUUGUGUGGUGAGGGCUUGACUGUAACAGACGCUCAUUUUUAUUUAUGUUAAAGUCUUACUCUCCAGCUUUAAGUGUUCGCUGUCAAACUGAGCUCAUCGUAAAAGCUCCAUUGACUCAACCAGAGACAGACCUAACUGCAUUUCCACGAGCUACCCUUCACAUCCUGCAACGGUACAAACUUUACCUUGAAUUAUUGCGUUCUUUAAGUGGCUUUAAUCCCCUGUAUGAAAAACAAAUCAUGUCGAGCACAGUGUUUCUUAAAUGUGUUUUGUGUUGAUAAUGACUCAUGCAACUAGCGACCGGGGCUCUGCUCAGGAUCUCCUCAGACCAGCACUGUGCCAGUUAUACCAUUAGGGCUUCGGUUGAUUAACGGAGCGGGCAAAAACAAGAUGGUGUUAAUGGAGUCUGGAAAUAACUGAUGACGCUUUUCACUCGGACAAACCUGCCACGCCAGCUGAUGGCUGACUUUUUGUAGCUUAAUGGACAUUUUGGCCAAAUUUACUACACAAAGAUUCUGUUUGUAGUAGUUUGUUUAACGUUUGUUUUUUUUCUUUCUUUCUUUUUUGUGCGAUCGCUGAGUGGAAUGAUUUAUUUUUAUUAUUGUGCGUAAUUCCUUUAAUAAAAUACAUUUCAUAUA